CAUACUUUCUCCCUCCUUGAGCGCAUCAGCGAGCUCUGAUCCAUAGGUGCAAAGCAGAGAGAUCUUCACAGGCAGGAUCACAGAAAUGUGACAAUUACGAGUGGAGAGGAGAGCUGAAAAGGGAGGGAUUUUAAGGAAACCGAAGGCAUCAAAGUCUACAUUAUUAAGGAGGAUUUCAGGAGUCUGCGUUUAUAAUCCGACAUCAGAGGCGGAAUGUGAAUCCAAAUAACUUAUGUUAAUUAGAGAUUUUAACGAAUGUGAUGCGAUUUGAACGGCUCUGAAACACCGAGAGGAGAAUUUUAGAUUGGCCACUCGAAUUCAGCCUAAAUAUCUGUGUUAUUUGUGCAGCGCUUGUGUUCACCGUCGACUUGCCCCCAGAACUGAUUUGCAGCCUUUACGGUCAUUUGCGCCCAGAGGCAGUUGGCUAUCAGAGGUUGCAUCGGACUAACUGUGCGUUUGUGCUCGCCACACACACUGGAGUUAUCACCGUCUCGGACUGAGGGGAUGAUUUUAGCGCGUCUGCUUCGCCAACGACUGCCGCUUAAUCUUCCAGGUCCGACUGAGGUCUGCCAGACUUUGUGGAAAAGGAGAUAAUUGUUUGUUGUCAGAGUUCAUCACAUCCACGGCAGUUUGCGGUGCAACUCAGCACAGUGGAUCGCCAGAAAAUCCCGAGGAGCGACAACUGACAUUCACACGACGAACCUCGGAGGCUCCGGAUCAACUUCAAAACUAAAAGAAAAAGCGCGCAAGUUUUUAAGUCUGGAAUAUAAGAAUAGAUGAUUCUCCGAGGACAGAAGACGAAAUACACCUAGGCCUACAAGAUGUUCAGAAGGGGCUGUGGACUGGAGUUCCUACUGGUUCUCUGUGGGCUCGAGUUUUCCUGGUCCUGCCCCCGUCAUUGUAUCUGCUACACUGCACCCAGCACCGUCUCUUGCCAAGCUCACAACUUCCUGUCAGUUCCCGAAGGCAUUCCUCCUGACAGUGAGCGCAUCUUCUUACAGAACAAUAAGAUCCAUCGCUUACUUCGGGGUCACUUCAGCUCCAAAACGGUCACUCUCUGGAUUUACUCCAAUAACAUCACAUAUAUUGAGCCCUCCACCUUCCACGGUUUCACGGUGCUCGAGGAGCUGGAUCUGGGAGACAACCGCCACCUGCGCUCCUUGGCUGAAGACACCUUUCACGGACUGAGUCGGCUUAAUGCACUACACCUCUACCGUUGUGGGCUCAGUUCGCUUCCUAAUAACAUCUUUCAAGGCCUCAGAAACCUGCAGUAUCUCUACUUGCAGGAUAAUCAUUUGAAGUUCCUGCAGGAUGACACAUUUAUGGACCUCCACAACCUGAGCCACCUGUUUCUUCAUGGAAACCGUCUGUGGAGCAUUAACCAGAAUACCUUCAGAGGCCUGCGAGCCUUGGACCGACUGCUUCUCCACCAAAACCAGAUUGAGUGGGUCGACCGCCUGGCCUUCCAUGAUCUGAAACGUCUCACCACCCUCUACCUGUUCAACAAUUCUCUGAUACAGCUGUCUGGACAGUGCCUGGACACGUUGCCUGCCUUGGAAUACCUGCGCCUCAAUGACAACCCCUGGUCAUGUGACUGCAAGGCCCUGUCUCUGUGGGAAUGGCUGAAACGUUUUCGAGGUUCGACUUCUUCAGUGGGUUGCCAGGCACCGGCUGAUAUGGUUGGGAAGGACCUCAAGGAGCUGCGCAAGGAGGACUUCCCCAACUGUUCACCGACGGUACCUAAUUCCGAGUCCAGAGCCCAGACUAACAAUUUAUCUGGUACGGUGAAUCCAUCCAUGAAUCGUGGUGUAGCAUUGGGCUCUGGAGGUCAGACCCACAUAGUGCACCCCUCGAGGCCUGGCCGUUCUCGAAACUGCACAAAGCCUCGUAACAGGGUGAGCAAGGGGAAGGGUGACAAUGAGGUUCACCACUCAAAGGAGGUCAUGGCAGACAAGGAGGAUUCCUCCCCAGAUUUCACAGAGGGGGGAAAACAUGACCACACAUCUCCAGAUGGUACCAUCACACGGAGGAAGCACAAGUGCACUCCCCGGACCACUGUUCGCCCCCCUAGUGGGGUUCAGCAAGCCAACAAUAGGGCAACCUUAUCCCAGUCUUUACUACAUGUCUAUGCCCUCCUUGUGGCCUUGAUAAUGACAAAUAUUGACAACAUUCUGCGUUGACCGUCAGAGGGUUUGGCAGAUGCUAAUCACAAAACACACAGCCCUCAGACCCUCUCUUGCUCCUGCACUACAAGGCCUGUGUGUCUUCUAUGUAUGUGUGUGUGAGUGUGAUUAUAUGUGUAAAUGUUGUGUAAGGAGCGUCAAUGUUCAGACUGAAGCAGGCAUCAAAGCAUCAAACAUCCACAACAGAAAGACUCACAGCACAAGAAUCAGAGGGACUGAGAGUCAGGAAACGAUAAAAGGUUAUUGCAGACCAGGCUUGCACUGCCACUUAUGCCGAUAUGAUUUCAUCUUCAUACGUCUUGGUUUUUUUAACUUCUGGUUUUCACUCAGCUGGAGCUCAGAUGAUGAAAAUUUGCUGAAAAAACAUGAACAAGAAGGACAAGAAGGGGAGAUGACUGAGAAAACAGGGUAAACCUUGUUAGCUAGUUAGCUCUGAGACAGAUAAGCCAGGACAUGUGCUCCACCAAGCUUUAAUUUUAGUUCACAGUUUUUAAAUUGUUAUUCAGAAGUUACAAUUGGAAAGUCAAUGACCAUGUAAAGCCUUCAACAUCACUUCUAUCUCAUUCUUUCUGCCAAAUGUAUUUUCCUGCUGCAUCCUUGGCUAACAGAAGAUCUGAACAAUUGGGCAAAAGUGUUCCUCAUAAAAGAGGCGAAGAGUAGGCAUGGCAAUAAGUUAUCAGUCAGUAUCAGACGAAAUGGAAAUCUAUAGCCACAGACAUUUUAUAAACAGAGAAACCAGUGAACUCAUAUGCUUCACGGAGCCCUAACACACUGUAACAACUACUCUCUAAAUAACGCUGGCUUUGUUUCAGGUACUGUACCAACAUUUCUGCCUAUUUAACAGCAGUCCUCAUUGGUAUUACAGUUCUACUCACAAUCUUCAUAUACACCAUGUCUCUCCCUCUCUGGAAAUGAAUAUUAAGCUGCUAAUUGUUUCAAUAUGACGAGGACAGCCAUGCGCUUUUUUUCAUUUGCUUGGAAAAACAAUGUGCGUCUCUGGGAGAUCAAGCUGUGAAUAUUGAAGAGUCUGUCUAUAUCUUGUGUCAGAUGUUGUUCAUUUGAUUUUUCUAAGACACAAAAUGGACCUAAAGAUGGAUCCCUGCUGCAGGGCCAACAGGAGCCUUACAGAUCAAGGGUCAAACAGGGCUUUCUCACUUUCCCAGUACGGUUGUGCUGAACUCAUUCCUCCUCGGAGAGGGCAUACCUGUCUCACUGAGAAUGUGAGGAACACAUUUUUUUUUUCCUUAAUCACUUAACUUCAAAGGAAUACAACAACAAGACUCAAGAAAAAAAAUGUGUGUGUACCUUAACUGACUCAUGUGAUCAGUAAAAAAAUCAAGAAGUACAUAAUGUGUGGAGCAUGGCAAAAUGGGGAUCAUGCAGAGAGAAUUGCGCCUCUUAAUUGACUGAUGUGAUUGUUCAUACAUGUGGGGAUUCAAGACCCUGACAAUCGCUUCUGAAGUAACAAGGGGAUGCAGUACGAUGCAGAUUAACAGAUGGACAAUUGUGGGACAUCUCUUGCUAUACUUCUGGAGCUUUUGUGCCUCCCUUAAAAUCUACUGAUAAGAUGGUGUUUGUAUCAAUGAUGUGACCUGUAACAAUGGAGACAAGGACUUCUUGCAGUGCUGAUAUUAAUCAUUUACUGUAUUAAUAUGAGAAAAACAAUAUCAGUGACAUUGAUGAUGAUAACAGGGUUUUCUUCUCCUCCUCAUGUCAGGAGGAGUCUUUCAAUUUUUGAUUUUCUGGUGAUUUGUUUAUUUACAUAUUUUUCAUGUUAUAUUUUUAAAUUCUUUUAUUUGUCGAUGCACAAUUCCUCGCCACCCUAUUUCUUGUUCUACUGUAUGCCUAAUCAUCUUCUUUCUUUGCCAUAAUUCAAAUGUUCAGUAAGUUAUCAUCAGAAAACAACAGUACAAAAAUGUUUAUAAAGAUAUUAAAAUCUA